AUGACGUUGAUGGUAACCGUAAUGAAAGAUGACGGUGAUCGUUAUAGUAAUCGGUCACAGUUAAUACAAACUUUAUCCAAAAUCAAAAGUAAGAAUUCAAACGAAUGUGAAUUGAGGUUGAGGCGCGGAAGAUUGUCAAAUAUCGAUAAGAGCCAGAGAUAUUCUAUAGAUGGGUCCCACAGCAUGGUUGAACCGGAUGCCAUUCAACAUGCACAUGACACGUAUCCUAGUACCGGUUCUUCAAUGCGGAUCGGUCUUAUAUCAUAUUCGAAAUCUUCGUCUAUCAAUGGUCUUUCAUUUAUCGAGAAUUCAAUCUCGCUAACAAAUCUCCUAAACGCCUGCAUGAAAAUCUCAGCAAACAUGCUUUUCAUAGCUUCUACGUGA